CAUGAAAAUAUGUCACAUUUGAUUUGAUUUUGCCACAAUUGAAGUGAAUUCAGGAACUCAGGAAGUGGAAGUUGAUCAUUUGUUAUUUUUAAACGCUUCUUUAAUUAUAAAACUAAAACGUGUUUGUUUCGCUCGUUCGCCUUUAUCAUGUUUUGACCCUGAUGGAGACUUUUAGGCCAAAAUACAUAGGUUUAUGAUGGAAGAAAACAUUUUUUUUAAUCAACUUCCUCUGCCGGAAGAGCUCCCUUUGGCUAUAACUGUACCAACAAAAAAAAAUGAUAUUAUUUUUUAAUUCUUUAUUUUCCAGCUGUGUGUCUGAUCUGAAGAGAAGCUGAACAGAAUGAUGUCAUCGGGUGUUCUGAUGGUGCUCCUGUUCUUUAAACAUGUUACUGCGGACAGCUCAGGUACGGUUGUUACCAGUUGUGAGGCGUGUCAUGACCAAGCCACCUGCCUAGACUCACCUGUGGAACGUGAGAGGGGAGAUGCUUUCCAAACCUGGUCCGUCACUUGCACCUGUCAAGAUGGCUUCGUUGGCGACGGCAUCACCUGCUACGACCUUGAUUUCUGCGCUAAAGGCUCCUGCUGUCGUCAAGGUUACGGCUGGUCCUCGGAGCUGGGCUGUGUGGACGUAGACGAGUGUUCCCUCCCAGACCAACCCUGCAGCCCUCCUCAGGUCUGUGAGAACACCCCCGGAUCCUUCAACUGCCUGGUGCCUCCUGAAGACGACCUCCACUCCAGUCCUGGUGACUCCCGUUCAGUGCAGUUUCAGUGCGGGGGGAGACGGUGUCCAGUGGGAGAGGACUGUAUCAGUGUUGGUGGAACGUCCCUCUGUGCAGACCCCUGCCUGCACUACUCUGUACUGAAUGACGACUGGCGUUCCACCACCAACUACGGUCCAGCUAACGGCUACCACUGUGACUCGUCUGUCAACUGGCAGGGCUGGUAUCGCCUGUUCCUGGGGAACACCAGUGUUCAGAUGCCAGAGAGGUGUGUGGAAAGGUACAUGUGUGGGACGGAGAUCCCCUUGUGGCUUCCAUUAGCUCAUCCCCAGCUGUUAGACGGGGUGGUUCAGAGGAGCGUCUGUGGACACUAUUAUUAUGACUGCUGCUACUGGAGGCAAAAUCCCAUCCAUGUCAAAGCCUGCUAUGGAAACUACUAUGUCUACAAGUUUGUCCCUACAACAACAUGCAACAUGGCCUACUGUGCAGAUGUCAACACCACGGUGUGUUCCACAUGUGGAGUGUUUGAUGCCUGUGUGCGAGACAAUGAGACCACCUGGAGAUGUGAGAGGAAAGCUCCAGAGCUGGUGUGUGGGCGGAGCCUCCUGAAGGUGGGCCUUCCAAAUGUUUACCUGGAGGCUGCUGGUCUGGAUGCUUCCUCUGCCCACCUGGCUGACGGACGCUGCUCCGCCCACGAGGAUCGUAACGGCUCAGUGUGGUACCAGGUGGAGCGACGGGAGGGACACUGUGGAAACACUCUGGAGACAAACACCACCCAUGCUGUCUACUCCAACAGCUUAUUAGUUUAUCCAGUAGAUGGGAGGAACGGCUCCCGACCCUUCGGCUUUCCCUUCUCCUGUGUCUAUCCUCUGGAGACAGAGAGCAGUCUGGAUGUGGCCAUCAGACCUCUCCCACUAACUGAUCAUAAAGUUGUCCGAGUCGGUGCCAAGGCCAAGGCCUCCAUGUCUCUGUACCGCGACUCCAACUACACACAGCCUUACCCAGCUGGUCAGCCAGUCACCCUGAUUGUGGGCUCCUCCCUGCACGUGGGCGUGUCCGUAGAGGAGUCCGAGGCAGAACGUUUUGUUGUUGUUCUGGAAGACUGCUACACCACGGAAUCCCCCAGCCCUGAUAAUCUCCCACGGACCUACAUGAUUCAGGACAGGUGUCCUACAAAUCGUACCCAGGUGACAGUGGAGGAAAGUGGCUCGUCCCUCAGGGCUUCGUUCUCUGCUCUACUGCAGGGGGAAUACCGUUACAUCUUCCUGCACUGCAGCCUCAGCCUGUGUGACCAGGGGAGCUCCUCCUGCACUCCAGUGUGUUCCAGGAGGAGAUCCCGCUCUGUGUCCAAGUCCAUCCGCCUCAAGCCGCUCACCAUCGGGCCAAUCACCUGGGCCCAGAGUCUGGAGUGAGCCUUGGGAGCCCCUCCCAGGGGCCCAGAGUCUGGAGUGAGCCUUGGGAGCCCCUCCCAGGGGCCCAGAGUCUGGAGUGAGCCUUGGGAGCACCCCCCAGGGGCCCAGAGUCUGGAGUGAGCCUUGGGAGCCCCCAGCAUGUCAUAUGAUGGAUGGGUCCCUCCUGCACUAAUCCCCUGAUCUCCAUCCCAACCUACAGCCCAGUGUAACUUUCAAGGGCACAGAAAUACCUGUUUUGAUUCUAGUAAUGAAUUUAUGCACUACAGUGUGAUUCAUUGUACUGUGUAUGUUGUAUACACACAGACUUGCAUUGUUUUAGGACUGAUCAUUGUGUAAGUUCCAACCAAACCUGAGUUGCUGUGUGUGUAUGCUGUGAUUUGAUGAUGAAUAAAUAACUAAACUA